UUUCUCAUUAGUGUAGACUUCAAUAAGAAGGUAUAAACACACCCUAAAAAUGGUAAAAGCAGGAAAACUCAAAGGAGGUAAUAAAGGGAAAUUAAAAAGAUGGAGAAAAGGUCAAAGUAGUUCAUCUAACCCUGAUGUGAAAAAGUAUAGAGAAAAAGCAAGAUCAAAGUUCUUUCAUUUGCAUCCAACUUCAAAAUCAAAUACAGGAUUGACGCUGGAAGCAUUGAAAAUUCAUGAUGAAAUGCAGGAUUCUCAUUUAAGCCCAUCAAUGGAUGAUGAUGGAAGUGAAGGAGGUCAAACAUUUGGUACUUUUCUUAGUGGAUUAUCUGAUUGCAGCAACAUAACUUUCAAAAAAAUACAACGAUAUUGGCAAAACAAUUCUGCAAAACAUAAAGAGGUCUGUGCUGUCAUUGCCGCAAUUACUGAAGUUAUUCGACAGCAAGGUGGUGAGGAAUCUGACACUGCUUAUUUUGCUGCUUUAGUUACUGCUCUGGAUUCUGUUGAAAAUGUUGAAUCAGUUACAGCAGUUUCUUACUUGUUGUCAAUGACAUGUAAAAGAGUUCCACAACCUGUCCUAAGAGCCAAAUUUUCAGAAGUCUCAAAACUACUUGUUGAAACACUUGAACGAUUUUCAAAUAUUUCGAGUGAAUCACCAACUGCUCUUGUUAGAUCGCUUCUGAUAUGUUUAGCUACAGUACUUCGGAAUCAGACUGUCGAAACCUGGUCUCAUCUAUCAACAAUUAACGUUUAUCAAACUUUGCUUUCUUAUUCUUUUCAUUCAAAACCAAAGAUCAGAAAAGCUGCCCAAAAUGGAGUUUGUGCUGUUUUGAAAGCGAGCUGUUUUAUGUUGACAGAAGAACCUCCUAAAGUACAUCCUGCUGCAUCAACGACUGCAAAAUAUUGUGUUCAAUUUAUCGAAAAAUCAGGAUCAACUUCGUCAGAUGCUUCUUCAUCUGUUUGUCACGCGGUAUCCUUGCUUAGUGGAAUUUUGCAUUGCUUUCCAUCAGCUUCUCUUAAACAAUCAUGUGAAACUAUAUUAAAAUUGAUGAUGCUCAGUCAGCCUAUUGUUAAAUCUGUGUGUUUGCAGGCUUUUCACACAAUGUUCAAAAAUCGACCCAAGCCGGAAUUUUUGUCUGCAGAAAUGAAUGCACAAUUGAUGACUGCACUGUAUGAUUAUCUUCCUUCUGCAAAUGAUAUUCAACUUCUACAAGCUUGGCUGGCUGUGAUGGAGGAAUCUGUAAAGAAUAUGAGUUUUAUAUAUCAGACUUUAACUGAGAAGAAAACUCAAGUGGGACAACUCGCUCUUGCUCACAUUGCAAAGCUCUGUAAAACAUGCUUGAAAAUUAUGGAAUCUGGCAUAAGACAUUCUUCAAGAUCAGCAGCAUCAACAGUAGUGGCAGUGCUGGAAAUUUUACAUUCUUAUGGUUCUUGUGAAGAAGUUUCAACAAUGUUUAAAGCAAACGUUAAAGACAUUUUCAAAUUACUUGAAGAUGGACUUCGUUAUAAAUAUCACUCAGUAUGGGAUUUGAUUUUUGAAAUAUUCCAUGCAGCAUAUAAAUUUUUGGCAAAGCCAGAAAAUUUCAAAGUAGUUUGUAAUAGCAUAACUUCAAUGGCUGAUCUACGCAAUACUCCAUUGUUUCCUCAUAAAGUUCUUCUUGAUAAAGCACUUGGAGCUGCAACAGUUGCUAUAGGACCAAGAUUGUUGUUAGAAGCCGUUCCUCUCAUGAUUGAUGGAACUGAAACUGACUACAACUUUCCUAGAAGUUGGCUUCUUCCAUUGUUACGAGAUCAUGUGAAAAACACUGAAAUUGGAUUUUUCAACUCAUAUUUUCUUCCUCUUGCUGCUAAAAUUCGAGUCAAAGCUAUACAACUCAAGACAUCCAGUCAGCAAUCACUCGCAGCUCCAUAUGACACGCUGCAAUAUCAAAUCUGGUUGCUACUGCCCAAUUUUUGUGAUGGUGCCACGGACGUCCCAGCAGCUUUUUCCACCUUGGCGAGAACAAUUGGAUCGGCAAUCACUGAACGUGAGGAUUUGAGACCAAUUGCAAUGCAGGCACUGAGGACGUUGAUUACGAAAUGUACUGCUGAGAAUGACAGAAAAACCAUCAGUCGCUUUGCCAAAAACUAUCUUCCAAUUUUAUUCAAUUUGUACACCACUCUUCCUUCCACGGAUGACGUGGAGAUGGAAGAUGACAGCGAAAAAGAAUCGGACGUUGAUUUGAAUAAAAAGAAAUCACCUGAUCGUCUCGCUGCACUCGAAACCAUCAGACUUUAUUUACCGCUUGCAGAUAAGAAGAUGAUUUCUGGGUAUUUUUCAAAAGCUCAGAAAAGAGUUUUCAAUGCUAUUGAUGAAAAUGAUGCGACAAGAUUGUCUUUACUUGAUCUAUUAAUAGCAAUGGCUAUGUAUACAGAUGUCGAUACUUUGAACAAUGUUUAUCAGGACAUGAAACCGAUGCUGAAUAGUUUUAACAGAAGUAUGCAAAAGAAAGCCUACCGCCUGCUCGAAGAAGUUUGUGGGUCAAACACUGACGACUGCCGAACAUUUGUAGACAGUAAAUUGAACGAAAUCAAAGAACUUCUUACUAAUGGCUUGACUGCUGCCAGCCCGUCUUCAAAAGGACCCAGACUAAAGUGCAUGGAAAAGAUAUUAAAACUUUUAGCCCGAAAUGAAAAAUAUUCUUCUGAAGAAUGUAUUGAGUUUAUGAGAGAUUUGAUACCUGAAGUUAUUAUGUGUACGAGAGAGAAGAAAAGAGCUCGAGUUGCUGCAUUUAACAUUUUAGUUACAGCAGGUGAAGUUUAUAUGGAAAUCGCUACAAGAAUGUCAGACGAAGAUAAUAAAGUCGAAUUACAACGCAAAGCAUUAGCGGAAUAUUUUCAGAUUUGUUUUGCUGGACUCGGUGGAUCUCCUGUUACAGUAACAGCAUCAAUAUGUGCCUUAUCGAGAUUGAUUUAUGAAUUCAAAGAUAAAAUGUCAUCAGAACUUCUAAACAACUGUAUAACCAACGUUUGCUUCUUACUUGGCACGAACACAAGAGAAGUGUGUAAAGCCGCACUUGGUUUUGUUACAGUUUUAAUAACUAUACUUGACCGUUCAACUCUCGCUCAACAUUUGAAAGAUAUACUUGGUGCUUUAUUUGAAUGGAAAUCAGAAACCAGAAGACAUUUCCGAUUUAGAGUGAAAAAAAUGUUGGAACGUUUGGUGAAGAAAUUCGGGUAUGAAAUGAUUAAUUCACUUGUACCGCCUGAUCAUCGUAAACAACUAGCUAAUUUGAAGAAAACUAAAGAGAGACUAAAGCGGCAACAAAAAGAAAGAAACGAAAAGACAACAACCGCAGACAAUGAAGAUGUUACAUUUAAAUCAAAGAAAGCAGAGAGCAUCGAAGAGUUACUUGCUGAUUCAGAUUCUGAUGAUGACGACGUCAGUGAGAAAACUAAAAAGAAAAACUCAAAUAGUUCGGCAUGGUUGAAGGAUUCACAAGACGAACCAAUGAAUUUACUUGAUCAGUCCGUUUCGCAAAAAAUUAUUGCGACAAAUCCUCAUGGAUCUACAAAAAAUAAGGUUGAAGCGUUCAAAUCAACACCAGAUGGAAGAUUGAUCAUAGGAGAAGAUGAUGAAGAUAAUAAGGAAGACAUAGAGGAGGUCUACAGCAAUCUUGGUAUCAAGAAAGAAGCAUUGAACAAAGAAAGUAUGAUCUCUCCUAGCAGAAAACGUAAAGUUACAUUCGCAGAAGAUAAUGAUGAUGAUAGUGAUCAAGAACAGGCUUCUUACAAGCCAGGAGGGAAAGGAAUUCACAGAAACAUGGGAAAUGUCUAUAAAGCAAAGAAAGCAAAAGGGGACAUCAAACAGAAGGGAAUGCACGAUCCAUAUACUUAUAUUCCUCUUAAUAAGUCGGUUUUAAAUAAAAGGAAACGCAAGAAAAUGCAGGGCCAAUUUGACGGCCUGGUUCGAGCUGCAAAACAUGGAGCUACCAGAGGAAGAAAAACGAGGUUGAAGAAAAAAUAAUAGUUGUCUGUUUAUCAAAAUGUUUCCAAACACGAAUAAUCAACAAUCCUUAUCCAUGUAUCCUUUUCUCUGUUUGAUGGUGGGAGUGUUAAAAACUUUGGGCCCAAUUCGAUAAAAACGGUCAAAUCGACUUGAAACCGGCCCUGCUGUCAAUCUGAAGAUUUUCUUACAUCCAUGGUCGACUAUGGGUAUAAAAGUGCUCUUCCCAAUGUUCGGAUUGCUUCACAAAUCCUUAUCCAUGUAUCCUUUUCUCUGUUUGAUGGCGGGAGUGUUAACUUGUUUUCGUGAGAGAGAGAGAGAGAAACUCUUUAUUUUGUCAAUUAAAAAAUACAGUCAUCAAUAAAAUAGCAACCACAAUAAAAUCGUUUUGGUAUGAAAAAAA